CCACAAGGAACCAGGACUGAAGCAGAGGAUCACUCUCUCUCAGACACACAUUUCAUCUCAUCUACCCGCACAUUAACAGGAACAGGUCACAAUGUUUGGCAUCCACUCCCUGGCUGGUUUUAUACUUCUGGUCAUCGUACAGAGCAGUUGGCAAGUCCCUCUGCAAAAGGCUGAGAACAACUCAAGCUUAGAGACAGCAGACUCACUAUUGGAGGAUUUGAGGGGCGUGUCUAACAUGAAGAGACAUUCCGAGGGAACCUUCUCUAACGACUACAGUAAAUACCAGGAAGAAAGGAUGGCUCAGGACUUUGUUCAAUGGCUCAUGAACUCCAAGAGGAGUGGUGCUCCAUCCAAACGCCAUGCAGAUGGGACCUACACCAGCGACGUGAGCACCUAUCUACAGGACCAGGCGGCCAAGGACUUUGUUUCCUGGCUCAAAUCAGGAACGGCCAGACGAGAAUCUGCAGAGGAGAGCAUGAAUGGUCCAAUGAGCAGAAGACAUGUAGAUGGGAGCUUCACCAGCGACGUGAACAAGGUCCUAGACAGCUUGGCUGCCAAAGAGUAUUUACUCUGGGUCAUGACCUCCAAACCCUCAGGGAAAAGUAACAAACGUCAAGAAGAUCAUUGAAAGAAGACAAACGCUUCCUUGUUCAAGAGAAACGUGGAUACUGUGCUACAAAUGAUAAGCCUUGACAAAAACUAAAAGCCAUACUAAAAAGCCAUACUGCUUAGCAUUGUUGUAACGUUGAUACAAUGUUGGAAAUACUUAGAUUGUUUACUCUACAUUAUGUGAUAAAAAAACAAAACAGAUAA